UGUCUUAGGAGAAAGCUUACCCCGAAGAGAGAGCAGUGAAUGCAUGGGUCUCUCUAGUGCCAUGGAUUGGUGGGAUGAGUGGAAGCUGCGUAUCCUUGUCUUGUGCAGCCUGUUCGUCCAGUUGUUCCUCCUCUUCUCUGGAUUUGUGCGUAUUUUGUACAUCCUAAGAUGGCUGAGGGUUGUCGUGUGGAUCGCCUACAUAGCCGGCGAUGCCCUGGCGAUCUACGCGCUGGCCACCCUAUUCAACCGCCAGAAGCAGCAGACGGCGGUGGAUGGAGGAGGCAACGCUCUAGAGGUGAUAUGGGCGCCUGUCCUCCUCAUCCACCUCGGCGGCGGCCGGUUUAUAACUGCCUACAGCCUCGAGGACAACGAGCUGUGGAAGCGGCAUGCCAUCACCCUGGUGUCCCAGGUCAUGGUCGCCCUGUACGUCUUCUGCAAGUGGUGGUCCGGCGAGAAGAGGCUCUUGCAGGCAGCGGUCCUGCUCUUCAUCGCUGGCAUCAUCAGAUUCAGUGCGAAGCCAUGGGCCCUCCGGAGGGCAAGCUUCCGCGACACGGCCUCCACCAAUUUGUCCCCGCCAAGAGGCGAGAUGACCAGCGGAGCUGCUGCCUGCCAUUUCCUCUGCAACACCAAUUUCGUGGAGCUAUUAGUAUUCGGGGUAGAAAACAAGAACCAAGAAGAAGAAGCCAGCUACUCGCUGAAAGAAUACAUCGAAAAAGCACAGGUGUGCGUAGAAGAAGGGGCAUUGGCAAGUGACAAAGAUCAAUUCAAAGAGCUCCGGAACAAUAAAUUUGGUGCCGUGAAUUACAUCUACAGGACGUUCCUCGAUCUAUCUGCUCCAUACUCCACUCGGCUUCACUACCUGCAGUCUUUCCUCAAAUUUGACGAAGUGAAUGGGCACAAGAUGCUGCGGGAAUGGAUCAGGAUGCAAUUCUCGAACCUGUACACCAGAUUAAGGUCAGCAACAACUUGCAUUGGGUUCUGCCUGUUGCUUUUGCUCCCGGGUCUGUCCUUAGCUUCUGUGGUCCUCUUCAACAAGAGCAGCAAGGAUGGUUACAAUAAGAGCGACAUCACGGUGACACGCAUCCUGUUUGCUGCCACAGCUGUGAUUGAGUUCUCACCCUUCUGGUUCCCCUUUCUAGCCCUAUUUGUGUUUCGAUGUAAAUUUGAUAUAAUUAAUCGGGCAGACAUGGUGUAUUCUUGGCAAGACAUGGUUUCGCAGCACAACAUCAUGCUAUUCUGUGCUCGGAAGAAGGGGGAGCUCAGCUUUUUGAUGAAGAUUCCUGGCUUCAGCUACCUCAGGGACUACAUCAACAAGCAAACCCGCAGCCCAGCGGAUCUCUUUGCUGGCUCGUCUGCACACAGAAGAUGGGUGGAAGGCGUACAUACGUGGCCCAGCCACGUACAGAAGAUUCAACAAUCUCAGGGGCGAGCAGACUCUGUGGAAGCACAACCUUAUGGGGCAACUAGGGUGGAGCUUCGGCCUGCCAUUUGAUGAGUGUGUCCUUGUCUGGCACGUUGCCACGGACCUCUGCUCUCGCCGCACCACCAACACAUCCUCCUCGCAAGGUGACACCAUCCCAAGUCGCCGCAACAGUGUGAUAAUAUCCAACCACAUGAUCUA